CAUCAUCCAUUCAUUCCAUUCCAUUCCACCCUCCGACCACCCCGCUCCCUCUCCCCCUCCGCUCCGCUCCGCGCCGAGCAACUCUCUCGUAUUUUAUUCCGUCUCCGUCUCUGCAUUACACUCUCACUCUCCCUCCAUCCCCCGCCCUGCCCCGCGCAACUACCCCCUGAACCCGGCGCCCGCUCCAUCCACACUGUCCGCUCCUCCCCUUGCCCCUUGCCCCCGUCCUUCAACGAUCUUUUGACUCGACGCCGACACCGUACGACGCGCCUACCGAGCAUCUGCGCGCAACUGUCUUUGACAUCUUGACCUCUUUCUUCUCUGCGCCUUAUCGCCCGCCCACUUCCCACCCAGCUCCACCGACGGCUCUGCUGCCAUGAGCUUGAGCUACCUCGCCGCGUCUCGCGGCGGGUCAGAAGAGAAGGGCACAAACAGCAUCGGGCGAACACCCAGCUCGUCCGAGCUUGCCGCCGAGGCCGAGGCCAAGCGCCGCAAGGUCCAGCGCGCGUGCGAUGUCUGCCGAAGGAAAAAGAUCCGUUGCGAGGGUCCCAUGAACUCGAACUCGGCCAACAAAUGCGCAAACUGCCAGGAAUACGGCCUCGAGUGCACGUAUGUCGAGGCCGCCAAGCGCCGUGGCCCGCCCAAGGGCUACAUUGACACGCUGGAGCAGAGGUGCCGCCGGCUGGAGCGCCUCAUCACGCAGCUUCACCCCGGCCUCGACGUCGCCGGGACGGUUGGACCCAUGCCGGACCGGGACGACUUUGAUUUGAAUCUUUACCAGGACCACAUGCGCACCCUCGGCAUCCCGCCGUACCCGACACUCAAGCCGCUGGCAACGAGUGACGCGCACGCCCCAUGUGCAGCUGGAACCCCGCCGACGGCACAGGGUGCGCCGAGCCCAUCUCCGCGCGUCCUUGGCCCAGCACCGUGGCAGGCGUUUGAGCAGGACCCCAACCGCCCUUCUGAAGACGACGAGGAGGUCCGCGACCAGGCGCGCAUCGCGCACGCAAUGGUCAAGCUCAACAUACGCGACUGGGAUGCGUUCAGAUUCCACGGCAAGGCGAGCCCUGCGCAUCUCGUCCGCAUCGUCAACGAGCUCAAGUAUUCCGACGCCGACCUCACAUUCUUUGACCGCCUCUCCAAUGUCAAGCGCACCGAGUACUGGAUGGUCCCCGAGUGGGAGAAGCAGAUUGCCACUGUGAGCGUGAACCCGGUCGACUACAGCAUGUGGCCCGACGAGGAGCUUGCAGGCCGCCUCAUCGACUCGUACUUUGAGCGUGUCAACCGGUCUAUGCCGCUGCUGAACCGCGUAAUUUUCCAGCGCCAGUAUCACUCUGGUUUGUGGCGCACCAACAUUGAAUUCGCCAAGCUAUGCCUUAUGAUCUUCGCCAACGGUGCGCGCUACGUCGACGACGAGCGCGUGUACUGGCCCGCAGACGAUGCGACGACCGACGAAGGUCGAGAACGCCUGCGCAACGACCGCAACGGCAUGCUCAAGUACUCGGCCGGCUGGAUCUACCUGCGCGCGCUCAUCAAGAUGGGCCGCUCGUGGCUGCAAGGCCCGAGCCUACUCGACCUCCAGACCAACGUCCUCGUCUGCCUGUUCCUCAACGGCAGUGCUGUGCCGCACCUCGCCUGGAUUGUCGCCGGUUCUGGUCUGCGCAUGGCGCAGGAAAUCGGCGUCCACGUCCGCUCGACAAUGCUGCUCAUCAACCCUAUCGACCGCGCCUUGUACAACCGCGCGUUCUGGUGCCUGUACCACUUUGACCGUCUGUCAUGUGCCGCCAUGGGGCGCAGUGUAGCGAUACAAGACUCGGACUUUGACGCCGACUACCCUAUGGCUAUCGAUGACGAAUUCUGGGACACGGGCGACCCGGAGCGUGAUUUCAAGCAGCCGCCAGGUCUCGCUCCGGACCCAGCUGUUGCCGCGUUCACGCAGCUGCUCAAGCUGGACCACGUUCUGAGCGCGGCUCUGCGCACAAUCUACGCUGUAACCAAGCUGCCCGAGCAUGGGGAGGACCAGCGCGCCAUUGUCGUCGAGCUCGACUCUGCGCUCAACUCGUGGGCGGACGCGGUCCCAGACAACCUCCGAUGGGACCCAACACGCGCCGAUCCGCGCCUGUUUGAGCACUCGGCCAUCCUCUACGCGCACUACUACUAUGUCCAGAUCCUCAUCCACCGACCCUUUAUUCCGACGCGCAAGCACCCAGAAUCUGUCGGCUUCCCCUCGCUCGCCAUUUGCAGCAAUGCCGCACGCUCCAUCUCCAACAUCCUCGACGCUGUCCUGCGCCGCGGGCGCAGCAUGGGCAAGUUGCCCGGGCACUCCAUCAGCAUUUCCUUCGUUCUUCCCGCUUCGACUGCCGCCAUCGUCCUGCUCAUGAACGUCUACGCUGUGAGGCAAAGACCACAUGAGCGCGAGCGGUGCAUGAGCGACGUGCGCCGCGUCCUUGCUGCACUUCGCGAGAUGGAGCUCACCUACCGCCAAGCAGGCAAGAUCACAGAUCUGAUUACCGAGAUUGCGCGCGAGUCGACCGGUGACAAAGACCUGAUAAUGGACACGCCGCCUCCCAAGCGGCCUUAUGACGACGAUGACAACGCUGGGACGCCGGUCGAGACACCAGGGGCACCCGAACUAAUGCCGCUCGCAUCUGCGACUUUCGCGCACGCACAAGCGCACGCCUCGUUCCAGCCUGGGCAGGCACCGCUCGCAUGCAUGUCCCACACGGGCACGGGCGAGCCGCUGGCGAACGGCUCUAACGGCACGCCGAACAGCCAUCUCAACCCCAACAACCCUACAAUGAUGCCGCCCGGCACGUCCUCACGGCCACAAUCUAACGCCCCGUCCCCGCCCACCCCGCCGUUCAUGUUCGGCAACUGGGGCACAGGGGUGGCGCCGACGAACGAGCCCAUCGCCGUGCCCGACCACCUCUUCGACCCCAACGACCUGCAGAACCUCAACUAUGCCGCGAUGAACUUUGACAUGUUGGGCGACGCGCAGUCGGACAAUUUCUGGCAGCACCUGCUGCGGCAGGGCGGCGGCGGGCUGAGCACAUUCGGCGCACCGACGGGCGCGCCCAACGUCGGCAUCGGCAAUCCGCAGCCGCUGCAGCAGCCGCCGAUGAGCGGGCCGAUGGGCACGCCACAGACGGGCUUUGGGUUCAUGCCGUGGCUGCCACCUGAGGACCCGCGGCGGCAGCAGCAGUAGAGGUGGGAAGCGGCAGUAUGACACCAUUCUAGAGCGGCGCACUGCGCAUUGUAAUUGGCAUGUACGAUUGAGUGCGGCAAGCUGAAGUGCGGGAUGACGUUUGCCC